CACAGGACGGUUGUUUGAUAGAUCCAAACGGUGUUUUCCUCUUCACUGAUCUCUCUUAUAACAACAUGGACGGGUCAAACAGAAGAAUUGUCAUCUUGGGAAAAACUGGAGUUGGAAAAAGCAGCCUGGCUAACACCAUAUUUGGAGAGGAACUGUUCGAGAUCGAUGAUUCUCUCGACUCUGGAACAAGAAAAUGUCAAGUAGAGACCAGAUCUGUCAAUGGAAGAAGCAUCACUUUGAUCGACACUCCUGGUUUCUUUGACACUGAUAGAUCUGAGGAGGAGCUGAAGUCUGAGAUAGUGAGCUGUAUCAUAAAGUGCGCUCCUGGUCCUCAUGCUUUUCUCAUUUUGCUUAAAGUAGAGAAAGUCACAGAGCAUGAGCAGGCUGUCAUCAACAAAAUAAGCCAAUGCUUUUCUGAAGAAGCUUUCCAAUAUGCAACAGUUAUCUUUACUCAUGGUGACCAGCUCCGUAAAGGACAGAAAAUUGAGGAUCAUGUCCAGAAGAACGAGUUCACGAGUGAUCUGGUGAAGAAGUGCGGAGGCCGUUGCCAUGUCGUUGAUAAUAAAUACUGGAACGAAAACCCAAAGGAUGAAUACAGGAGCAACAAGUUCCAGGUGGAGGAGCUACUUAAGUCAAUAGACAAGACGGUGAUGGAAAACAACGGGAGCUGCUACACCAAUGAAAUGCUACAAGCAGUGGAGGAAGAAAUACAGCGAGAGAAGAAGCAGAUUCAACUGUUACCAGGAGACAAGUCAGAGAAAGAGAUCAGAGAGCAGGCUGAGGGCAGAGUAUCCACAAAGCUUUCGGUCAGAUUAGCAGGUGUUGCAACAGGUACAUUGUUAGGAGCUUUAUUCGGUGUGGUAGUGAUGGUUGGAUUAGUUGUCGUAGCUUUAAAGAAUAUUGAAGUUUUCCAAUCUAUGGGCAAAGCAGCAGCUACUGUUGCAAAAGCAUUUGGAGCAGAAGGAGCAGCAGCAGCAGCAGGAGCAACAGCAGCAGAAGGAGCAGCAGCAGCAGCAGGA